AUGACAUUUAGGAUAUUUUUGUCUAGUUUAAUAAUAUUAGGAUUGGCAGAAGAAGUUUGGAAUCACGUAGAGAUUGAGGCUGAAGAUUAUUUCUUUCCAUUAGAACCGGUAAUAAAUUUCUGCAAAAUGGCGGAUCAGUGUCAACAUGACUUCGUCCCUAUCUGCGGUCAGGACUCUCUCGGGAUAACUCGAAUGUUCAACGAUAACUGCGAUCUUUAUGAAUACAAUUGCGAUGAAAAAAAACAAUAUCGUCAUGUUAAAAUGGAUGUCUGUAAAUAUGAAGCUGCCGCAGCGGAGAGAACGAAAUAA